AUGCAAACCAAGAUCUAUCUCUCAGCCCUCCUCGCCACCGGGCUCAACUUGGCGGCCGCUCGUCCAACGAACUCCCAAGCAGCUCAAAACCAUGGCCGUGACACCAGCGUGACAGCACGCACUGUCCAGAAGCGAGCUGUACGAUGGAACGCCAAGCUCAACCGACGUGAAGUUCCCCAAGAACACUCCCACGAGAUCUUCCUGGUCAUCGUGAACGAAAUGCUCCAGAAGAACAACCCUGAUAACAUCCAGGACGCCGUCUUCGGCCUCCUAGGAAACGCCGCCGCUUCAGCCGGCCAAGGCAAGAUCACCGACACGGACUGCCUCCAACAAGCUACGGCCGACCAGGCAUUCACCAACGCCAAAGCCGCCGACGACCUCGACGGCCAGAUCGCCUCGCUGAUCUACCGCGCCCUGGAACGCAACACCGGUGCCGUCGGCCAGGCAUCCGUGCUUUGCACAUCCAUCAAAGCCAAGAACCCUGAGAUCGCAGCCAUCACCCAACAUCAGGACCCAGCUUCGAACGGCGCCGCCGCCACCAACAAGGCCAUCGCCCUCGAGCUAGCCGUCCAGAUCGCCAGCGUUGGCGGCGACCCACUCGACGCUCUCGACUCCGGCACUUUCGCGCCCGGCGAGAUCGGCGACCCAACCGGUGCCGGUAACACCUGCGACACCCUCGAUGACCCGCAAGGCUGCAUCUUCACCCAGAACCUGAUUGUCGAAGACGCCACCGAGGAUGAAGUCAAGGCCUUUGUCGCCUCUCGAGGCGCAGGUAACGGUGCAGGUGCAGGCAACGGCGGAGGCGCUGCCGCCACAACCACCACCGCCGCCGCUGGAGGUGGUGCAGCCGAGCCGACCGAAUGCUCCGUCGUCAGCCAGGAGCCCGCGAAGACAACUCUCGCCACGACCACCAAAGCCGCCAACACCGCAUCUGCAUCUGCUUCUGCCUCUGUCUCUGCCACUACCACCGCCAAAGCAACCGCCACUGCUGCUCCCCCCGCAGGCGGCAACGCCGGCAAACUCGACCUCGGCAGCUGCAGCAACCCGACGGUGAUCUUCGCAGCGGGUCUCGACGGCCGCCGCGAGAAAUCCGCCUUCGCGCCCGCCAACAAAGACAACAGAACCGGCUUCCCUCACGGCUCCGCCGAGAACAUCAAAGUCAUCACUGAUUUCGUCUGCCAACAACUCAACGACAAAUGCAAGGCGCCCAAGGCCACUGUCGACGCGUGCAACACUGCUGCGAAGGCCGCCCAGGCUGCGACCGGUCAGGCCGCUGCGGAUGCUUUCAACAAGGCUUUCAACUAA